UUAGUAAGUGCCCAGGAUUGCCCAGAAAGCAUGUAACCCCCGCCAUCAGGACUUAGGAUAUAAGGUCUGUAUUGGUACAGUAUAUCAAGGACAUGGGCAACCGUCGUCAAACGAACAAAAGACUCAACGUCGGCUUCGGAGGCAUCAUCGGUCAUCAUGUCUCAAGUUAAAUCUCAACUCCCAACUCGCGCCAAAUCCAUUCUCGUCAUCGGCGCCGGCGAACUAGGCACAGCAAUUAUUCAAGCACUCACUUCUCAUGCCCUGUACAGUCCAUCAUCCACCAAGAUCACUCUCAUGGUCCGACCCUCAAGCCUGACGAACCCGUCCCCAGAGAAAGUCCAACAGCACACCACCCUCCGCAACCAAGGUAUCAACCUUGUAGGGGCAGACAUUGAAGCAUCCACCCAAGAUGAGCUAAGCAACCUCUUCCGGCCGUACACAGCCAUCAUGCACGCUGGCGGCAUGACAUCUCAGCCCGGCACCAUGCUCAAAGUCACACAGGCCGUCCUGUCCGCGGAAGUGGAGUACUACAUUCCCUGGCAACACGGCGUCAACUACGACGCCAUCACCCGCCGAGGAGGCCAAGGCAUGUUCGCCGAACAAAUCGACGUGCGCGACCUUCUCAGAUCCCAAACCGCUACUCAAUGGACAAUCAUAUCAUGCGGCAUCUUCAUGUCCUUCUUAUUCGAGGAGUACUGGGGCGUUGUCGUGCCUUUGGCCGAUGGUGAGGUGCAAGUGACCGCCCUGAACAGCUGGGAUGAUAUGAUCACCACGACAACAGCAGAGGAUAUAGGUCGAGUCACGGCUGGACUUGUAUUUGAUGGGACCGCCCCUGUGAACCAGCCUGUGUACAUAGCGGGCGACACAUUGUCAUAUGGACAGUUUGCGGAUGUCGUUAGGCGGGCGACAGGCAGACAAGUCGUGAGACGGGUUUGGCCUGUGGAGUUUCUGCGUGAUGAGAGUAGGAUGGACCCCGGGGAUAAGUUGAAGAGGUAUCGCGUUGUGUUUGCAGAGGGUGUGGGAUUGAGUUGGCCAUUGGAGAGCACUUGGAGUGCAAGGAAGGGGAUGAGGAUGGUUACCGUGGAGGAGUACGUUCGAGACAAGUUCAGGUGGAGGUGUGAUACGGUGGGAGGGCGACGAGGAAACAACGGAGAGUAGAAAGGCGAUGAGUAUAGCGAGCUUCACGUCCAUAUCGGAUAGAUAUAUAGUGUUAGAUAAGGAGGGCG